AUGGGGAGUAGGGUUAGGAAUCCGAGGAAGAGAUUGUUGAAGAUAAUGAAGUGUCUUUGUUCAGGGGAGGUUGUAAAAGAAGAAGAUGCAAUGGUUCCUAGUUCGUUGCAAUCUCUUGCUACCAAGGAUUAUCAUUCUGCGACGGGGAGUGGGAUUUCUGGGCAAGAUGGACAAGUUGAGAGGAGGCCGGAUUCUGGUAACAUAGAACAAGCUGAGUCGUCUUUGCGUGAGAGUGGUAUCUUGAAUUUUGAGGAAGCUAGAGCUUUGUUAGGGAGAUAUGAAUAUCGGGAAGGAAACAUAGAAGCUGCUUUGCAUGUUUUUGAAGGCAUAAACAUAGCUGCUGUGACUCCCAAGAUAAACAAUUUCCUUGCCAAAAGUAGAGAGCGCCCCAAGAGACGCUCUCGGGAUCACACUACUCCAUCAAUAUCUAUACACACAGCUGGAUUACUAAUAGAAGCAAUCUUGCUAAAAGCAAAAUGUUUGCAGGUCCUUGGAAGGUUUGAAGAAUCGGCCCAGACAUGCAAAAUUAUUCUGGACAUGAUUGAAUCUUCUUUACCUGAAGGCAUGCCUAGAAACUUUGGCGCCGAAUGUAAAUUGCAGGAGACUUUAAGUAAGGCAGUUGAGCUACUUCCAGAAUUAUGGAAACUUGCUGAUUGUCCACGUGAAGUUAUUUUGUCUUACCGGCGUGCACUCCUUCAUCGAUGGAAUCUUGAUUCAGAGACCACGGCAAAAAUUCAGAAGGAAUUUGCCAUUUUUCUUCUAUAUAGUGGUGGGGAAGAAAUUCUCCCAGAUCUUCGUACCCAUAUCGACAGUUCAUUUGUACCAAGAAAUAACACUGAAGAGGCUAUACUUCUUUUAAUGAUUUUGCUAAGAAAAAUAUAUGUAAAUAAAAUUGAGUGGGAUCCUUCAAUUUUGGAGCACCUUUCAUUUGCUUUAUCGGUUUCCGGGAAUUUGACAACUUUAGCCAAUCAAUGGGAAGAAUUGCUACCUGGUACUAUCAAUCGAAGAGAAAGGUAUCAUGCCCUUGCUCUUUGUUAUUAUGGGGCAGAUAAGGACUUGGUGGCCUUUAAUCUUCUUAAAAAGUUGUUGUGUAACGGAGAGGAUCCAAAACAUGUUCAUGCUUUAUUAAUGGCUUCUAAGAUAUGCUGUGAGAACCCUGACCUUGCAAAAGAUGGGGUUAGCUAUGCUAGCAGAGUGCGUGAGAAUUUGGGUGAAAGAUGUAAUCAGUUGGGAAGUCUCGCCAAUUGCUUACUCGGUGUUUCACUUUCAACAUACUCAAAAUUGGCUGUUUCUAAUUCUGAGAUGUUUGAGAGACAAUCUGAGGCACUCCAUUCAUUAGAAAUCGCAAGCACUAUGACCAGAAUGAAUGACCCUCUUGUACUUUAUUAUUUAAGUUUAGAAUGUGCAGAGCAAAGGAAGUUGGAUUCUGCACUUUAUUAUGCAGAGCGCUUUCUAAACUUAGAAGCUGGGUCUAAUAUUAAAGGCUGGUUGUUGUUAGCCCGAAUAUUAUCAGCACAAAAACAGUUUUUGAAUGCUGAAUCUAUUGUUGAUGCGGCUUUGGAUCGGACUGGAAAAUGGGAUCAAGGAUUUUUGUUGCGUACCAAAGCUAAACUGCAAAUUGCACAGGGGAAGUUGCCAAGUGCCAUUGAAACAUAUAUUCAGCUUCUUGCUAUUCUUCUGGUUCAGAGAAAAACUUUUGGUUCAAGAAACAAGCUAUACAAGGAUAACAGAGAUCAUGCUAGGAACUUGGAAGUUGAAAUAUGGCAUGAUCUUGCUUAUGUUUACAUAAGUCUGUCACGGUGGCAUGAUGCAGAGGUGUGUCUUUCGAAAUCUAAGGCCAUCAAACUAGACUCUGCUUCUAGAUGCCAUGUAAUAGGUACUAUGCUUGAAGCAAAGGGUCUUUACAAAGAGGCUCUAAAAGCUUUUGUUGACGCAUUGAACCUUGAUCCCGCACAUGUGCCUAGCUUGAUCUCAACCGCUGUGGUUCUUAGACGGUUUGGUACUCCAUCGAAUCCUGCUGUUAGAAGCUUUCUGAUGGGUGCACUAAGGCUUGACAGAACUAAUGCUUCAGCUUGGUAUAAUGUUGGUAUUCUUCACAAGGCCGAAGGUAGAAUAUUAGAAGCUGCAGAAUGUUUUCAGGCUGCAAACUCUCUUGAAGAAUCAGAACCAGUGGAACCUUUCAGAUGA